AGGAACAACUAAAACAAACCCAAGCCGAGAACAACAAUUUAAAAACCUUAAUUAAUUCAGAAAAGCAAAAUAACCAAUCCUUAAAGCAAACUAUCACCAAUUUAACGCACGAAAUCCAUGCCGACAAACAAAACCACACUAACCUCCUAAAUGCUUAUCAAAAAGCCUUCAAUGAUAAAGUAAAAGCCGAAAGACAAGUUAAUUAUUAUCAAGACCAAUUAAAAACUCUUGCUAAAAGUCUUUAUCAGUGA